CCUCCGAAGUCCGAAAUUAGAUAAGCUCCCAAAAUAUCUCUGAAACUAGAGACUGUGAAAAACCUCCCUAAACCCCUCUCUCUGUUUUGGGUUCCUAUCUCAUGACCUACUCUCCCAAACCCACAACCCCAAAAUGCAAAUCUCUCUGACCACUACACCCUCCAAAGCCCCUCUAAUCUUCCCACUCCACCACCCCAUUGGAAAACCCCACACAACUUCCCUUCAAACCCUCUCCAAUCCUCUCAAUUCCCUCAAAGCCUCCUCGCCUUAUCUAUCUGCAGUGGGCCGGGCUAUCGAGGACGACGAGUACCGGAUAGCCCGGAACCAGGUUCUCCGAAAAGGUGUGGACUUGGAGGGCUACUCCAUUGAGGGCGUCUCCGUUGGGGGUCAUGAGACUUGCAUCAUUAUUCCGGAGUUUAAGUGUGCUUUGGAUAUCGGCAGGUGUCCCUCCAGAGCCAUUCAUCAGAAUUCUCUCUUCAUCACUCAUGCCCAUCUUGACCACAUUGGUGGGCUGCCGAUGUAUGUAGCCAGCCGUGGUUUGUACAACUUAAAGCCUCCGACUGUGUUUGUGCCUCCUUGUAUUAAAGAGGAUGUCGAGAAGCUGAUGGACAUUCACAGGAGCAUGGGACAUGUGGAGCUGGAACUUGAAUUGGUUGCAUUGGAUGUGGGUGAAACAUAUGAGCUGCGGAAUAACCUUGUUGUCCGGCCAUUUAGGACUCAGCAUGCCAUACCAAGCCAGGGUUAUGUUAUUUACUCGGUUAGAAAAAAACUGAAGAAGCAGUACAUGCAUCUGAAAGGGAAACAGAUUGAGAAAUUGAAAAAGUCUGGUACUGAGAUUACAGACACUAUAUUGUCACCAGAGGUGGCCUUCACAGGGGAUACAACAUCGGAGUAUAUGCUGGAUCCACGUAAUGCUGAUGCCUUGAGGGCAAAGAUUCUCAUAACUGAGGCAACUUUUCUGGAUGAAGGAUUCAGUAUUGAGGAUGCACGACAACAUGGUCAUACGCAUAUAAAUGAGAUCAUUGAAAAUGCUCAGUGGAUUAGAAAUAAGGCAAUUUUGUUGACCCAUUUCUCCUCCCGCUACCAUUUAGAGGACAUUCGUCAAGCUGUAUCAAGGUUGCAGUCUAAGGUGUCAGCGAAAGUGGUCCCUCUUACAGAAGGUUUCAAAUCCAUGCACACUUAGAAUAUAAGAUAUUUGGGGGCCGAUUUGGUGCUACGUUGGCUUAAAUGUGUAUAAAGAUAGAGAUGAAAAUAGAGAUGUGAUCAAUUGGGCAGUGGAUCAAUUGUAGGCUGUUGUUAGAUUUAGCAUUGCAGAAACAAAUGCAAGAUUAAGAAUUCACGUCUUUGAAAUUGGAAGAUAUUCAGAGUUGGACACAAACUCUAUUUUGUACUUUAUGAAAAUGAAUACAACCAUUUAUUUCCAACUUUCA